AGUUUAACCCCCGGCCUCAGCAGGGGUAGAACGCGUUUCAGCACCGUCCAGCAACGUGGGUUUAUCGUAUCGUACAGCAGCAUCGUUUGUCCCGGCGAAGCUCGUUUCUCUUCGUCACCUCUCUCUUUCUCUCUGCCUGUUACUCCGUUACCGUUGUCACAGAGUCACGUAGAGUAGAACGAGUCAAUGACGAGUCAGGCGCAACGCCCAAAUAGUAGAUAUUCGUGUGUCUGGUCGAACGAUGAGAGCCUGAACGCCUAGACGAGACUGUAAUUCUCUACUAUCGCAUAUCGAACGUCUAUGUCGUCCCGCGACAACGAGAAUUUCGCGAGUGAACGUUCCCUGGCCGGCCGGCCAAAGGCGGCCCGAAGCGUAUUCCGCGUCUCGACGAGACAAAGAGCGUCAGCGUGAGACGGAGUGAAAUAAAAGGCAGCAAUUUCCGCGUCUGCUAUUGUGGUGCUGGUGCUGGUUGAUAGCAAUAAUAAUAGUAGUAGUAGUAAUAGUAGUGGGUUCUUGUCGGUGGUGGUAGUAGUGGUGGCACACGUGAACACUCGACGACGGCGUAUACAGCGUGGAAAAAUGCGGUGAACCAUCCCCCGCUGUCCCGCGGCGCGCUACGAAGCAUUCCUCAAGCAGCCCGCCCAUUCAGGUCCCAUUCUACCCCGGAGGAAGAAAUAGGAACGUGCAAAGCGGAGAGAGAGCAACGAGAGGAAAGAAAGGAAGGUGAAGCUCCAGCAGCGACAGCAGCAGCAGCAGGGCGGACCUAACUACAUUCCGAGUAUCUCUCUCACACUGAAAAACGACACACAGGUGCGUACCAUCGACAGUGGCAUCCCGUGGAGGGAUGUACCAAGUGUUCGUGCAGUAGCGACCGACAUAGCACGUGGCACGCUGCGACGGUGGUGUUAAGUGUGCAGUGAUCACGGGUGAUCGAGGGAAGGCGGGAAAGAAGGUGGUCAAUAUGACUCCUAUCUUCCUCGUCGUGUUGCUGGCGAUUGACCCGAUUAUCGCGCAGAAUACCGGAAACAUCAGCGACUCGCACUACAUCACGUACAUGACAAGCCCGCCGACGAUCCUGGUGAAGCCGCAAUCGCAGCAGGUGAAGGCAGGCGGGAUAGCAAGCUUCUACUGCACUGCGGAAGGAGCACCGCCGCCCCAGAUACACUGGCGAAAGAACGGCAAGAGAAUCUCACAAUCCCAGUCCCGAUACGUGGUGCACCAGUAUGAAAAUGGUGCUUUACUGCGGAUCGAACCUGUCAAGCCGUCGCGCGACAAUACCAACUACGAGUGCCUAGCUGAGAACGGAGUCGGCGACGCUGUUUCAGCUGAGGCGACGCUCAUCGGUUACGAAGCGGAUAAUCUGCCCAUGGGUUUCCCGAUGAUCACUCAAGCGCCGACGACGAAGGUAGUCGAGAUGGGCCACAACGCGGUCCUUCUUUGCACCGCGGUCGGAUCCCCGACGCCUAUCAUCUCCUGGGUACGAGAUAUGCUGCCAAUCGACACGUCAAAUCCACGAUACACGGUUCUGGAUUCCGGUGCCUUGCAGAUUACCGAAUCCGACGUAAGCGAUCAGGGGAAGUAUGAGUGCGUCGCUAACAAUUCCGUAGGCACAGAGUACUCCAAGUCGACUACGUUAUACGUAAAAGUACGUCGUGUUUCACCGAGCUUCUCAAUUCCGCCACCGUCGGUGAGCGAGGUGAUGUUGGGCGGGUCGCUGAAUCUCACCUGCGUCGCUGUGGGUGCGCCUAUGCCCUACGUAAAAUGGAGAAAGGACCCAGCGACCGACCUGACGCCGGAAGACAACCUGCCAGUCGGGAAAAAUGUCCUGAUGCUGGUGGACAUUAAGGAGUCUGCCAAUUACACGUGCACUGCCGCCAGCGAUCUCGGUGUAAUUGACGCGACCACGAUGGUGAAAGUUCAAUCUCUGCCCGGCCCGCCCGAGAACGUUCAAGUGUCCGACAUCACUGCGACGUCGGUGAAGCUGAGUUGGUCCUACAAAGGACCAGAUGAGCUGCAGUAUUACGUAAUUCAGCAUAAACCGAAGCACGUGAAUCAGGCAUAUGCCGAGAUAUCCGGUAUCACGACGAUGUACUACCAUGUUAGGAGUCUCAGCCCGUAUACGGAGUACGAGCUUUACGUGAUAGCCGUGAACAGCAUCGGGCGUGGUCCCCCAAGUGCCCCGGUGAUGGUCACCACUGGUGAAACAACGGAAUCGACAAAUGGAGGUGCCAAACCCGGUACAGCGCCGCGGAAAGUUCAGGUACGGCCGUUAAGCUCCAGCACGAUGGUCAUACAGUGGGACGAACCGGAAACUCCGAACGGUCAAGUGACGGGAUACAAAGUGUACUACACAACGGACUCGAAUCAGCCCAUGGCGUCGUGGCAGUACCAGAUGGUGGACAACAGCCAAUUGACAACCAUCUCGGAGCUGACACCGCAUACGAUCUACACUAUAAGAGUUCAGGCGCUCACGAGCGUUGGUCCUGGACCACUUAGUCUACCGGUGCAAAUCAAAACACAGCAAGGGGUACCGAGUCAACCCGAAAUGCUAACGGCGGUCGACAUCGGGGAGACCAAAGUAACGCUCCAAUGGAGCAAGCCCGCUCAUAGCGCUGAGAAUAUUCUCAGCUACGAGCUGUACUGGAAUGACACUUACGCAAAGGAAAAGCACCAUCGCAGGAUACCAGUCACCGAGAACUACACCUUGAGCGGUCUGUACCCGAACACCCUGUACUACGUGUGGCUGGCCGCGAGGAGUCAGAGGGGAGAGGGUGCCACGACGAUACCGUAUCCGGUUCGCACCAAACAGUACGUCCCCGGGGCUCCGCCUCGCAAUGUAACCGGCAAGGCAAUCAGCCCGACUUCCAUAUUGGUAACGUGGGAACCGCCGGCCGCUGAACGUUCCAACGGAAGGAUCGCCUACUACAGGCUGCAAGUCGUCGAGAGCGGUCGCUCGGAUUCUGAGGCAAGGAAUAUCAAACUGAAUGACACGCGUUUCGUGUUGGAUGAACUCAAAAAGUGGACCGAAUAUCGGAUCUGGGUAUUGGCCGGGACCAGAGUAGGUGAUGGACCCCCGAGUUAUCCUAUCUUGGUCAGAACUCACGAAGACGCUGAAAAAAUGCCGGGGGAUCCUCAGUCAGUCCUAGCUACGGCGAUCAACUCAACGGCGAUACGCGUCGAGUGGAAGCCACCGAAAGUGAAAGAUCAGAAUGGCGUUAUACGGGGGUAUCACAUACACGUGCAAGAAGUGAGGGAGGAGGGGAAAGAUCUACUGAAUGAACCGAUACGUCGAGAUGUGCACGAGGAUGGUGUGCUGGAAGUGAAUAUCACCGGGUUGCAACCGGACACGAAAUAUUCGGUGCAAGUGGCAGCAUUGACGAGAAAAGGAGACGGAGACCGUUCGGCUCCAGUACACGUUAAAACCCCGGGCGGUGUACCAAACAGACCGCAGGUCAACGUAAAAGUCCUGAGCAGAGGCCCUGACGUCUUAGAGCUCGAAUGGGGCCAGCCUACACAAAUCUAUGGUAACUUGCUGGGAUAUCGUAUUCGAUACGGUGUAAAGAAUCAAACGCUCAAGGAGGAAUUUAUCCAGGGCACGCGUCAGCAUGCGUACAAAAUUACAGAUCUCGGAGAACAAGGCGUUGAUUACGAGUUCAGAGUAGCGGGCAAAAAUGAAGUCGGCUUCGGUCAAGAGACCGUGCGAUACUGGUUCAGUCCAGAAGGCGAACCGACGGGGCCACCAACGAAUCUAUCGUACUUCUUUCAAACUCCCGACACGGUGUGCGUGACCUGGGACAAACCGCUUCGACAGCACAGAAACGGCCAGAUAAUCGGAUACGAUGUGCAGUUCAACAAGAAAAACGACCAUUCUACCACUAUAGAUAGAAAUACGACCAAAACGAGAGCAGUAUUCACUAACCUAGAAGAGAACACUGAAUAUGUCUUUCACGUGCGAGCGCACACGUCGCAAGGCAGCGGUCCGUACUCCGAGAAAAUCACGAUAAUGACAGAAAAGGAUAUUGGCCGAGCUCCUAUGUCCGUAAGAGCCGUGGCAACAUCGGACUCCAGUGUAGAGGUAUGGUGGGAGCCAGUACCUAACAGAGGAAAGAUCGUCGGUUAUCAGAUUUUCUACACAACAACCGCUGUGGAAGAUCUUGAUGAAUGGAAACAAAAGAGUGUCGGUUUGACGGAAUCGGCGGAUCUCAUCAAUCUGGAAAAGUUCACGCAGUAUGCUAUAACAGUAGCGGCGCGCUAUAAGACUGGUCUCGGAAGACUCAGCGAGACAGUCACGGUAAAAGUGAAACCGGAGGACGUACCGUUGAAUCUCAGAGCGCCGGAUUCGUCGACGCAUUCGAUGGUCCUUUCUUGGACCCCACCUAUAAGACUGACUCCGAUGAAGUACAAAGUCUCAUUCGACGCCGUUAAAGAAUUUGUGGAUUCUCAAGGUAUAACGCAAACGCAGCUCGUACCCCGUAGACAGAUUCUAUUAGAACCUCACGUCACAAGUACGACAAUAAACGAGCUACAACCGUUUACGACUUACAACGUCAACGUGAGCGCUGUACCACGCGACGGCCAGUACAGACCACCGGCGAAGAUUACAGUCACGACGCAAAUGGCUGCGCCUAAGCCGAUGGUAAAACCGGACUUCUACGGUGUGGUUAAUGGCGAAGAGAUUCAAGUUAUCUUGCCGCAAGCUUCCGAGGAAUAUGGUCCGAUCUCGCAUUAUUAUCUCAUUGUUGUGCCUGAAGAUAAGAGUACGGCCGAUAAACAACCAGAUGAAUUGACUGAGGAUAUGAUCACCGGACAAGGUGCCAAGCAGGAAAGAGAAAAUGCGCCCUAUAUCGCAGCUAAGUUUCCACACAGAGAUAUUCCAUAUACGUUUCACUUAGGCAGUGGAGAUAUUUAUGAAGGAUAUGAAAAUCGGAAGCUCGCCAAAAACAAACGUUAUAGGAUAUUUGUACGGGCCGUAGUCGAUACUCCAAGAAAGCAUUUAUACACGUCGUCACCGUUUUCCGAAUAUUUGUCGUUGGACAUGAGGGAAGUACCUCCCGGCGAACCACCACGUCGACCAAAUCCCAACACACCUUCGGAUGGAAAUCCGGAAGUUUCCGUAAAAACCAGUGGUCAAGAACCAGGCAUGGUAUGGGUAGUUGGUCCUAUAAUCGCAGCAUUGAUGGUCAGCGUUUGCCUUGUGCUUUUAUUUGUCAUUAAAAAACGAAGACAGCCGUGCAAAGCGCCGGAUCAAGCAGCCGUUACACGACCGCUCAUGGCAGCAGACAUAAGCUCAAAUCACGCGCCGUCAGAUCCAGUGGAAAUGCGGCGAUUAAAUUUCCAAACUCCUGGCAUGAUCUCACAUCCGCCGAUUCCUAUUAGCGAACUAGGCAAUCAUAUUGAACGCCUGAAAGCGAAUGACAAUCUAAAGUUCAGUCAAGAAUAUGAGUCAAUAGAGCCUGGCCAACAAUUCACGUGGGACCAUUCCAAUAUGGAAGUCAAUGCGUCAAAGAAUCGUUACGCUAAUGUAAUCGCGUAUGAUCAUUCACGAGUCAUCCUUCAGACAGUUGAUGGUAUGCCAGGCUCUGAUUAUAUCAACGCCAAUUACUGCGACGGUUAUAGAAAGCAGAACGCAUACGUGGCGACUCAAGGACCAUUGCAAGAGACAUUCGGGGAUUUUUGGCGCAUGUGUUGGGAAUUGCGUACUAGCACAAUUGUGAUGAUGACGAAAUUGGAAGAGAGAACAAGAAUAAAAUGCGACCAGUACUGGCCUACCAGGGGAUCUGAGACAUAUGGACAAAUGACUGUAACCAUCAGUGAUAUUCAAGAAUUGGCGACUUACUGUAUUCGCACAUUCCAAGUUUGCCGCGCAGGUUAUUCUGAACGACGGGAAAUAAAACAGCUGCAAUUUACAGCUUGGCCCGACCAUGGCGUACCAGAACAUCCUGCACCGUUCUUACAAUUCUUGCGCAGAGUUAGAUCUCUUAAUGUGCCCGAAAGUGGCCCAUUAGUGGUACACUGUAGCGCGGGCGUAGGAAGAACUGGUUGUUUCAUUGUGAUCGACUCGAUGCUAGAAAGGAUCAAACACGAGAAGAUGAUUGAUAUUUAUGGCCACGUCACGUGUCUACGUGCUCAGAGGAAUUACAUGGUUCAAACAGAGGAUCAAUACAUCUUUAUUCACGAUGCCCUGCUAGAGGCAGUAAUUUGCGGCAACACGGAAGUACCAGCUAGAAAUCUACAUUCUCACAUUCAGAAGCUCAUGCAACCGGAAAUCGACAAUAUAACCGGAAUGGAAUUGGAAUUCAAAAAGCUUUCCAAUAUUAAGGCUGACUCGACCAGAUUUAUAUCCGCAAAUCUGCCAUGUAACAAACAUAAGAACCGACUGGUUCACAUUCUGCCUUACGAGUGCACCAGAGUAUGCCUACAACCACAGCGUAAUAUCGAGGGAUCUGAUUACAUAAACGCGAGCCUGAUCGAUGGAUAUCGCUAUCGGGGUGCCUACAUAGCUACACAAGGUCCACUGUGCGACACCACUGAUGAUUUCUGGCGUAUGCUAUGGGAACAUAAUUCCACGAUCGUUGUUAUGUUGACGAAACUGAAAGAGAUGGGCAGAGAAAAAUGCCACCAGUACUGGCCGUCCGAUCGAUCUAUCCGUUAUCAAUGUUUCGUCGUGGAUCCCAUCGCGGAAUACAAUAUGCCACAGUACAUUCUGCGAGAGUUCAAAGUGACGGACGCGCGCGACGGGGCCAGUCGCACGGUCAGGCAAUUCCAGUUCAUCGACUGGCCGGAACAGGGUGUGCCGAAAUCCGGUGACGGUUUCAUCGACUUUAUCGGACAGGUGCACAAAACGAAGGAACAAUUCGGCCAGGACGGACCGAUCACUGUACAUUGCAGCGCCGGUGUAGGAAGGACGGGUGUUUUCAUAACGCUCAGCAUCGUAUUGGAGCGAAUGCAAUAUGAAGGUGUAGUCGACAUAUUCCAAACUGUAAGAAUAUUACGCACGCAACGUCCAGCUAUGGUUCAAACCGAGGAUCAGUAUCAGUUCUGCUAUCGAGCUAGUUUGGAGUAUUUAGGCUCCUUCGAUCAUUACGCCAACUGACAAGUCGACACUCGCGAGCAGAGGGACCUGUCAAGAGACAAGCGUGACCGGCAGAGAGGCGAGAGAGAUAUCGAAAGAGCAAAAGUACGACGUGUCUAGUACAAUAAAGUCGUGUGACAUACUCGUACCUUCCAGGGACAAAUACAAUAGCAAAUACGAUUAUUAGUGUCGUGGGCAGUUAAUAUAGAGAUGAAAUGUUUAGUCAAUGGUGUUGCAGUAAAUGCGAAUACGCCGGAAAUUUUCACUUCUGCAUAUAGCAAAUGCCCAAAAUCGUGCUAAGAGGCAUUCGGUUUAGAUUAACCUUUUUUUAGAAACUAGAUUUGAAAGUUCCCUCGCGCACAGUGAUGCGAGUCAAAACUGCCGUUUAGAAAUACGUACAAUACACGUGGUUGCAGGCGAUCGUGUCGUACGAUAUCGCGUAGAUAUGUUCUUUUUUUACACGCGAACAAAGCGGAGUUCUUAAUUUCCAAGCAAUUCCACACAUUUCUCUUACGUCAAAGAAUCAGCUAAAUAUAACAAUGUAAUCAAAAUUACAAGCCGUUGUUAUCGCGUAGGAUAUUCGCGAAUUAGUGAAUUGGAACAUAUCCCAUCGUCAAUCGAUCAUUCUCAAAAGCAUUUUUAAGAUCUAGAUAGUCUAAUUUUAAGAUAGACUGAAGAUAUUACGACCAUAUCUCUCCUCCACUCGAAACAUAGUGCAUUUUCCAUAUAUGUUAUCUCUUACAAACUGAGACAGUGAAGAUCAAAACCCUUUCCUGUUUAUUGAGGGUGAGAGUGCUUCCUUCAAUAGCGAAUUGCAUAGAGGAACGAAAUGGUUUCGAUGUCGACGUCCAUUAGAAAAACAGAAUACCGAAAUGUACGAUCAAUUGCAUGUAUGAAACAUACAUCAUGAAAAUAAAAACCUACCAUUCACCGUACGAGGUAUAUUCUACGAGUACUUAUUAUUGUAGAAAGAAAAAUGGAUUGAAAAAUCAGACUUUCUCUAGCCAUUAUAUAAAAGAAAGAAAGAAAGAGAGAGAAAGAGAGAGAGAUGAAAAUUUCCGCUCACAAAAAAAAAACAAAAAUUGCCAUACUGCCAAAUUGACAAUUAUUAACGCUGUACUCAUUAUGAAUAGUAGGGAUCUUCUCAUUAUAAUAAUGUUAGAUAGAUUAUAAGAAAUUGUUUUAAGGAUAGAUUAAGCGAUGCCAUUAGGGAAAUGAGGAUGAAAGAAGAAUUCGAGUGAAAGAAGGAUGAAAGGAAACGGUGCCUAUUCAAUGAAAAAUGCGCAAGCGAGUUUGCGCAUGUUUCUAUAAAAGAAAGAAAAAACUAAUUUAAAUAGAAGCACUGUAUGUUGAAUUCAUGUACCUUCCGAGCCCUCGAUACCCUUGUGUACAAAGUUCCAACUAUAGUUUCUAUCUUGCAUAUUUCUAAUUGCCUUUCAAAUUUAUUGAAAUAGAUAGUUAUAAAUUCAGUUAUUUUUGCAUCGAUUCAAUAUUUUUUGGCUUGCAAAGUACCUUAUACUAAAAUCAAAUUUAAGCGGAGUAUUCAUAUUAUAUAUUAAAUCAUCGACAUUUAUAAUAAACGUUUCCUUUUUCAAAUACCAAAUUAAUGCCAAAAAUAAUGAAGAACAUCGCUGCAUGAUAUAUUUAUUACGGUAAAAUCUAUAAAAAUAUUUAAUCCGACAAUUUUAUGAAAUUUUCUGAUAAUUCUAUAGAAUCACUGGAAAUAUUGAUGAAUUUAAUAAUAUAUUCGAAUAUCUUUGUAAGAUUACUGAUAAAAAUUAACUGUUUUAAUUUUAUCAGCAAUAAAUAUACUUAAUUAAUACAUUGGCAUAACCAAUGAUUCUGCUGAAUCACAGAUGAUUUUAUAAAAUCAAUAAUUAAUCACUUUUACCGUAAUAUCUAUUUUGUAUAGAUAAUAACGACUUCGGAUACAUGUAUUGCAAUUUAAAGUUGCAAACUCUCCAGUCUACGAAGACAAUAAUUGUGCGCUCGAUUACAUCUUCGAAAUCUAUAUAUUAUUCGGUAUAGCAAAUGUCUCUUAUAGCUAACAUUUUAGAAAAUACCAUUUUAAAAAAUUGUACAUGUACAAUAACGAACGCGUCAUCUAAAUAACACAAUUUAUCAAUCAUUCUCUGGUAUUUUGGCAUUUUUUUGGCUAUCACAAUUCCACACUUAUAAAAUAUUUCUAAUAUAUUGAAACUACAUGAAUAAUGUCACAAGAAAAUGCAUUUCUAUGGAAUGAUUUUGCUCGAAUAUACUCCUUUUACCGUUAGUUCUUAUGGUUCGAGGGUCAGGAACUGUGACUAAAUGUACAUAAAUGCACCGUCUGUCAUUAGCAACAUUAUAUAUAAAUAUAUAAAUAUAUACAUAUAUAUAUACAUAAAAUGAUAAGUAAUAUAUACAUAGAUAUAUAUAUAUAUAUAAAUAUAAAUAUUAUUAAAAAAUGAGAGUGUGUAUAAGGACAUGGAGAUGUUUAAAAAAAAGAUAUGAGUAUUUUCCAGACUACCGCGUUAAGUUUUAACAGAAAAAUAUGUGUAAUCUACUCAGUACGUUGUAUCUAUCUAUAAUAUUUAAUUUUUUCGAGACUUUAUUCAAUUUUACACUUUUUUAUAUUAUUUUAAGUAGAGUUUUUAAUUAUAUUUAUGGCAUUGUGUUUUAACAAAUGUAUUUCUAUACAAUGACUUUCAAGCAAAGUGUUCCUUUAUAUAGAUUAAAUUCUUAAAAAAAUUGCUUAUUCUCUUAAUGUUUUUUUUUUCUUUUAUUAACAAACUGAGGGCCAUUUAAUAUAGCAUUUAAUAUUCUUUGUGUUUGAAAAAGUACUUAAUUUAUUUUAUUAAUAUUAAAAUGUGUGUAUGUAAUUAUACAAAUGAUUACAUCAAAUUUUUCACUGCCUGUUAAAAUUUACAACCAUGGCAUUUUUCACUAAUUUAUAGUACAUAAUGGUAAUAAUUGUAAUACUAUUUGUAAUAACAAUAACAUUAUAAUGAUAAUACUAGUUAUAGAAAUAAUUUUACGAUUUGCCUUACGUCUCAAAGUACAUUAUAUAAUACUUUAAAUUAACGAUAUAUAUAUUUUUAAGUUAUCACGUUAAGCAUUUUGCAAUGGCAACAGAUCGUUUAUUACAACUUAAUAUUUGGCCUUCAGAAUGUAACCAUAAGCAAUUAUUUAUUUCAACAUGCAGCGUUUUAUUUUGAAAGAAAUGUAUAUUUAUACAAUAUUUUUCAUAUAAUGAAUUCUUUUAUUUCAUUUUUAAAAUACAUAAUAUGCUUUUAUUAUGCGCGUUUUCAAGCAAAUUGAGUUGUGAAUAUUUUUUAGGAAAAGAUCUUGUAGUAGUUUUAUUUUUUUUUUGUGCAUAAAUUCAAGGGUUGUAAUCGAUAUUUAAAGACUCACACUCCUCAAGAUAUUGUUAAUUGACGAAAUGUUAUUACACGGUGUAUGACUGAAUAAUGUUUAUUAGCUCUAUUGAUUUUAUUAGCUCUCUCACAAUAUUUUAUUGACAAUGCUAAACUUAAUGUUUUACUAGGAUGUAGGAAUGGACAUUUGAACAAUUUAUAAGUCGUACAUUGGAAAAUUUCAUAUGUAAAUAACAUUACCUUAUUUCUACUGAAAUAUUUUCAUGUUACUAUUGUAAUAACAUAAUUAAUCAUUCAAAGUUCAUGAAAUAAUUUUACUUACUAAUUUUGGUGCAGUAGUUCUUAAUGGAAACUUCUAAUGGGAACAUUUUAGAAGAAAACCAAUAGCUCUUAAACUUUAAAAGUCAAACGCCCUGUAUACAUACUGUGGUUUUUAUUAUAAUAUUCUUAAAAAGAGGAAAAGACUUUUGCUAAAUAACUUUUAAAUCAUUAUUAUAAGUAUUCAUCUGUAACAAAUCAUUGAGCAUUUCAUCCCAUCAAAUAUUCUUCUUAGAAUACUGUAAAGCGUAUAUUAAGUUUUAAUAGCAUUAAACUUGACAGGAACUUUCGUGAGAACUUAUGAAUUUGAAUGUAAUUAUUAUCAAUACACGUAUUUUGCCAACUUUCUUAAUGGCUUCACGUUUAAAGUCCCAAGCUAAAAUAUGUUACGAAAAAACGAAAUUGAAUUAUUGUAUAAAUAUACUACUAGUUAUAAGUUGAUAUCUUUAAUCUAUACUCAUUAAAAUUACAGAUACAAGGAAGUCCACAAAAUAUUCGUACAUUUAUAUUAUAACAUAAUAAUUGUAAUGUUACACUAAGUUUUUUGUAUCAUUCCGAAACUUUCGUGUAUGUUGUAUUUUAGUACCGUAACACUUGUUAGUCUUUAUAAUUUUUUAACGAUCUAAAAUGUAUAGCAAAACGAUGUGUGGUUUGUUGUAUUCUUCUUCUUGAAAACGUAUACAGCUCGCGCGUGUCUUCAGAGCAGUUUUGAUAAUAUAAUAAAAUACAAUCGGCUAUUAUAGCUCUGUGCAAUAUAGCGAGUUCGUUAUUGUGUAUAAGAUCACCUCAAAUUCAUCUGUAGAUGAAUCAGUAAAGUGACUGCGUUCGCGCGGAUCCGAAGAAGAAUAUGAAUUUAAAUGCAAAGAAUAAGUCAAAUACUAAAUAUCGUUGGAAGAAUGGGAAAUUAUUUUGUGAUACUUUCUUGCCAGAAAGAAUACAACAGGCUGAGAUUUAAAAACAUGAUAAAUGCAAUGUUACUAAUUAACAACUAUACAAAAUAAAUAUUGUGUAAUAGGAAAAGUCUGUUGACAAGGAAAAAUACCGUGUACAUUAUGUAUUGCCUUGUGGCAUUAAUAAACUAGUACUAACA